GGGGAGCUAAAGUGUCGCGAGAUUUGGAGGCCCGGUGGGAGACGUACCUGGCUUGGGGGUCCUGUACGUUGCUGCCAAGGUAUGUCAUGGAGCCGAGGGCAUGUGGUUCCCUAGAACCUGAUGCUGUUGCAGCCAGCCUGUAUUCCGAGCCAGUGCCUGCAUCGGGAACAGCUCUAUCAUCAAGGAAGAAAAAUGUCAAUGUUCUUGUGGGAGUCACUGGGAGUGUGGCUGCCUUAAAGCUGCCUCUUCUGGUUGCUGGCCUUUUAGAGAUUCCAGGGUUGAAAGUGGCAGUGGUGACCACGGAGAGAGCAAAACAUUUCUACAACUCUUGUGAUGUUCCUGUCACAGUCUAUAGUGACACUGAUGAAUGGGAGAUGUGGAAGUGCCGCUCUGACCCUGUCCUGCACAUUGACCUUCGGAGAUGGGCAGACCUCAUGGUAGUCGCCCCUCUGGAUGCUAACACGCUGGGAAAGGUGGCCAGUGGCAUCUGUGACAACUUGUUGACCUGCGUCAUCCGGGCCUGGGAUCGGGCAAAGCCUCUUCUCUUCUGUCCAGCCAUGAACACUGCCAUGUGGGAGCAUCCCAUCACGGCCCAGCAUGUGGAACAGCUGAAGGGCUUUGGCUACACUGAAGUCCCCUGUGUGGCUAAGAAACUUGCAUGUGGAGAUGAAGGUCUGGGGGCCAUGGCUGAAGUCUGGACGAUUGUGGGGAAAGUGAAAGAGGUCCUUUUGGAGCGGGAGCUGCUGCACCAGAGUUGACCCAAGAAACAGUUCACGCACCAGGUGUGCUCAGCCAGUUUUCCAGGGAGAAGCAGCAGUAACACUGACAAAGACUCGGCUGGAGUGGUCUGGUGCUUGGGCCAGUGUAGAGCAUUGUGCCCUUCCCAGGAGCAGAUUGGCCCCAGGACAGAGGAGCUGUGAUCCGGGGCCGUUGGGCUCUCUCUUGGGGCUCCGGUGGGGGUACAGAUGGCAGUCCUCUCCAGCCACUUCACCCCAGCACUGCCUCUGUGGAGGACAGUCUCUCAUAGGGGUUUGGACUGUUUUCCUGAAAUGUGGGGAAGCGGGUGUUCAUCACAGUGUUUCAUAUGCAUUGGAGGGUUGGGAAAUUGUGAUAAAGAGUUAUGUGUGUCGUGUAAGAGCUGGCUUUAGACUCAUUCUGGUCUAGAGAUCCACAGGGCAGCUGAACCCCUUGCUGUUUGGUUGGUGUCUGGGUUUGCAGCCCAAGGGCCCAGACCCCUUUUGAGAUCAGGGAACUUGGUGUUUCUGUUCUCAUCUUUUUCCUCUCUUGUAAGCUCCUUGAAGCUAGAAAUUAUGCCUUGUACCUCCUGAUAGCCCCAUGGUGCCCAGCACAGUGCCUCAACAGUUUUUUAACUGGAAUGAAAAAUAUCAUUCAUUCCUUCUUUGCAAUGUGUGUCUAUGGGUCACUUACAAAGUCUGCAGAUUUGACCCUACCUGAUAAACUCUGGCCCAAGGAAGAGUGUGGGUUGGCUAGGCAGACAUUCUUAAUGCCUAGGACAGUGGCCCUCCUGGAAGUGAAUGCUUCCUGUGUUUCCAUCAAAAUAGUACCUGUAUUCAAUUGUACUACCCUUUAGGAAGAGAUUUGGGAAAAUGAGAGGGAAUGGGGAUGGUGAAAACCAGAGAAAGAAAAUCUUGUGGUGAGGAUUAAAUCCCUUACCACACUUUGCACUCAAAUGUUCACUUCACAGAUACCAGGCAGGGGAUUCAGCCUUUUUGGCAUGUCAGGAGUAGAGUCCAGGACUCCUACACUGGGGUCCUCUGUAUUCACCAUUCCUUCUGCAUCACUGCUUUUUCUCCUGCCUCCCCCAUAGCACACACACUCAGUGGGCUUAGUCCCCAUACCUCACACAGAAAGCCAGCUAUGCUAAAAUGCAGAGAAGACCCCAAACUUCUCCAGCAGCCCACUUGCUACUCUCUGCUUUUUGUCCUUCCACUGUAGGGCAGGUCUUGUUCUCAUUCCUCUCCUCUUGAAGUUUACUGUUGGUUCCUGACUUCUGGUCCCAGAGGUGGGAGCUGUGGUGACCAUAACAGAAGAUUCAGUCACAAGAUUUGUUGGCCAAGAGUAGCCAAGGGGCCUCAUCAGGGUAGGCAUGUGGGGAAAUCAGCAUUGUCCACAGCAGCGUACCCCUUUCAGCUGCUUUUAUUUCUCUAUUUUUUUGCUUAAUAAAAUUGUACCAGUAGAAUAAAAUCAUCUUAGGGCACAAGUAUGAAGGGAGAAUCCAAUGCUUUUGUUUGAGACAAAUCAACAACAACGUUGACUUCCUAAUCAGUAUUAGGAAAGAACACUGAGUGUCAACUUAAUGAUCCGAAGCAAGAGGACACAUGGAUCAAUGAAAUAGAAGAUGAGGUGUCAUUCCAAAUGACAAUAUUAGUUCCAAACUCUCUUCCUCUCUCCAAGAAUUUAUCUCAAGAAUUAUUAAGUUGAAAAUUUCACAGGCAUAUGCACAUUCCUUUUCUACCACUAAGGGAGGUUAAGUGACUUGUCCAGGGUCACACAUUAUGUUACUAAGCGCCUAAGAUCACAUUUGAACUCAGGUCUUCCUGACUCCCAAGACAAGUGCCAUAUCUGCACAGCAUUCGUGUUCUUCCGAGGCCAGAGAGCUCACUAACUUCAUAAGGAAGCUCAUUGCAUUGUGGGAUAGCUCCCCACAUUUUAGAAGAUUCUUCCAUUGAGCUGAAAUUGGCUUCCACACAACUUUUAUUGGUUCUUCAGUGCUUGGCCCAGGGACUCUGUGGACCUGCACCCUCUGGAGCCACACCAUCUGCCACGUGAUUGUUCUUCAGGUGUCUCAAGACAGCGGUCCUGUGUCACUCUCGUGGCUUCUCUUUUCUAGGGUUAAGGCUCCAUCCUUUGAUUUCCCAACCCUUCUUCGGAGAGCAUUGUUUUCAGACCCAUCUCCACACUAAAUGGGCAAAGAAAAGGGUGGUUGAUUGAAUUACUGAAAGGUCAUUAUAGUAUCCUCCACUGUAAAGCACUAAUUUUAAGAACUGGCCCUGUUGGAACUGUGGAGAGGAACAUUCCCCAAGGGGGUUCCUCAGAUGGAGGUGAAUGUCAGGAGGACCCCACUGCUGCAUGAGAAGAGGGUCCGGUGAUUGGGGAAGCAGCUGGCAUCCAGGCUGUGUUUGAGUUUUGGCGCUGAAAGUCACUGGGGGGAGCCACCAUUUUAGCUUUCUUUCUCAGUCAUCCUUUUUAUUGAUGUCAUUUCUCUUCCAAAGGCUUUGGCUGCAUUCUGAGUACAGAGAAACCAAGGCCCAGGGCAUUAGCUAUGACUUGCAAAAUAUCUCAGCUAAUGCUGAGUUCGUCCUAGAAUUGAGAGAAGUUAUGUUCUCUGUGAAUGUGGGCCCUUCCUAUACUUCUGUGGACCCUACCUGGGAAAGCUGAUAUGAGCACAAAGGUCCUUUUAAAUGACUGUUGUGACUUUCCGUCAGGGCAGGGGAGUCGUUGAGGAGCUCUGGCAGUGGCAGCAGCCGUAGAUCUGUUUGUACCUACAGGGAGCUGGAGCUGGUUAGUCACACGGUGUCAGUGGACACCUGUUAAGCCCUCAGCUCUGUUAGGUACUGUUGGGUUAGAGAAAUAUUAGCUGUGGUCCCUGCCCUCGAGGACCUUAAAGCCUAGCCAGAGUGACAGGACUCACAAAUUAGGAAACAAGAUAAGACAGGAAGUGUGAACCCAGAGGGAUUUUGACCAGCAUUGCUGGAGGCAAUACCCACAAGAUGAGAUCACAGCUCUAUUGGAGUAUAUCUAAUCACGUGCUCUAUUAAAGCUGGAGUUCAGAGGGGGAGGGCUGGUGUGGUUGGGGAGCAGCUAGGAAUGGAGCUGGACCUCCUUGUCUGGGUGGGAUUGACAUAGAGUGGAGGUGAAAAGGAGGGCAUUCCAGGUAAGAGGAACAUCUGAAGGAAUGACAAUAGAAUGAACAGUAAAGACUAGCCUGACUUGAAUGGAAGGUGCCUGUUUGGGUUGGGGAGGUGCUUGGUGGUUAUUGGGCAAGUUGAUUUGGAGGCGUAUUAGAGAAAAACAGCUGAAAGAUUGGAGAUUUUCAUGGGGCAGUGGAAAGAGCUCUGAACUUGGAGUUGGGGGAUGUGAUACCACCAGUGUGACCUUGGACAAGUCAUUCAACUUGGGCUCAGCUUCUUCCCCCGAGCUAAUCCUGUGUUGUAGGAGAUGAGGAAACUGAAGGAGUCUUGAAAGUUGGCGUCAAUCAGGGCUUCUGAGACUUUUUUGGAUCAUGAACUCCUCUGGCAGUCUGGAGAAGCCUAUAGACCUCUUCUCAAAAUAAUGUUUUUAAAUGCAUAAAAUGCAAAGGAUUACAAAGAAAACCUAAUAUAGUUAAACAAAGAUAUACAUUUCUCCUAAGUUCAUGAACCCUCAGGAAGAUAUCUGCAGACCAGUCUGUGGAUAGUUAAAGCAUCCUUGGUACAGACAGAGACUUUGAGCAAGCAGGGACGCCAGCCAGGGCUGUCAUAGCAGUCUCACUUAGCAAAGAUUGCGUGUGAGGUGACUAAGGCCUGGGUUAAGAAGAGGACUGUGGGAGCGUACCGAAGUGUCACUUCCACUAAAAUCAGUGGCAUUUGGAAAUUGGACAAAAAAGCAUCCUGCUUGUGUGUUGUUCUUACAGUUGUCUCUGUAAAGGGGGGCAGAUGGACCCCUCUUCCUGUAGAACCCGUGACCUGACUCUAAGUGCGCUUACCUUAUUAGAAUCCAACUUUCCUAAAGCCUAUCUGAGAAAUCUGGCAGGUAGCUCUUUAUAAGGUCCCGGAUAAGUGUGUGUGCCUAGUUCUACCUCCCCUCUCCCUUUCCUCAUCUUCCUUUGAGCAUUUAUUGUUGUUUCCAGAACAGCAGAUAAACCAAGUGUUGAGAAAUUGCAUGUGAGGGAAGAGUUGGGGAGUCAGACCAGCAAACCCUGGUGAGGGAUGACUGGGUAUGCUGAAGGCUUCCUGGUAGAGCCACACUUUUCUAUAAGGCAUUGCACAUGUCACUGAAGCAAUGCAUUGGGCCUGGGCCUCGCUUCUGCCAUUAGAGGAAGGCUUGGCCUGGCUGCAGUGGGUGGGCACGGGUACAGUGGCAGCACAUUCCAGUCUCAGGGGCCACACGGGGCCACCAGUUGAUACCUUGAAGAGCUUGGAAGUUCACAGAGCUGUCUUGCAGAAGUGUGGUUCCCAAACACAUUGCCCUCUUGCUGGAACAGGCUAAUCUCACCACAAGCUUAUCUAUCCAGAUCACAUGGUUGCCCCUUUGCCUGCUGACCUACAUAACAGAACCCUGUAGCAGACUCCCAUGAGAUAAUUGGGAUUCUUGGAAGCACAGUGAAAGUUCAAAGGUGCCUCGUCUUUGUGCGGGCAAAAGGGGAGCUGCUGAUGUCUCAUAAAGCAACGAGGUUGGUGGCCAACAGAGACAGAUGCAGUGCACGCUGGGGAGGAAGGCCUUUGAGAUACCCUGGAAGGGCAGAAGCAGAGCUAAUAAUCUCUUGGGUCCUGGACAGUUGGAAUCAGCUGAGAGCUUGGAUCGGCCUUGUGAUUCUGUCCAGUGGUGCUGAGCUCCUCGUCUGCCAGACCUCAGGUUGGGGAUUCUCAGCCUGUCCUUUGGGAGCAUUUCAGGGUCAAUGAGAGCUGCCCAAAAGUGUUUCUCCAGUAAGGGAAGAUGACUGUUUGAGGAGUGCCCCUCAUCUGGAAAUGACUUGGAGAAUAUUGGAAUGAAGAGGGAGAGGAAACUGGAGAAAAUAACCUGAAGAGUCUUUAAAAAAAACAACUCAAAUAAGAAAUGGUUGUUCUGAAGAGAACCAUGUAGUUUUACUCUGAAAAGUACAAAUGGAUGUGUAGCAUGUGCCGAGCUGUGGCCAGGCUGAAAAGAGGUGGAGGGGCUGUGACUGCAAGGGAGUGAGUGCUUCCGGAGGAGCCUGGCCACCCCUCUCUCACUGUCUAUUAGAAAACCAAGUUGCAAAUGCAAGAGAACCCCUUAGAAGGUCUGAUAAAUGCAGUGAUAAACCAGGAAGCCUGAGCACUGGAGAAGAAACCAGCAGUCCACCUCUUGCCAGAGAACUGAUGGAAUUAAAAUGCAGAGUGAAAUGCGGACAAUUUGGGAAUUUGUUUUGCUGGACUAGACAUAUUUGCUAUGACAGCUUUAACUCGUUUUAUUAUUAUUGUUGCUCAAUUGGUGGUAGAGGAAAAGGUGAGGGAGAGAUAAUAAAUUUGUGUUUAGAAAAACCCCAAAUACAAGAAAAGGAAAAUGUGUAUACUUUGUGGUGAGUCAGAGGGAGCUUUUAGGUGACAGUAGGUCCUGCCUCUACUUCUGUUAAGCUUCUUUUCCUCCAUAGGGGCUAUUCUAACGCAAUGGUUUGUUGCUGUGUCUAGCAGGAAGAUGGGGUUUGAUGGUAGGACAGGGGGAUGGGAGUUAGCAGUGUGAGACUUCUGCAAUCUUUUUCUGUCUCUGUGGUCAGCUCCCCAACUUUGAAUUGUGGUGCCCUCAGGCUAGUGGCGAUCUCUUCAAAACACAAUUUAUUUGUCCCCUUCCCUCCAAACAAGGCAGACUUGGGCUAUUGGGUCCUUGGGUUCAUCUUGAUAAAAUGAUGCAGGUGGAUAAAAUAAUUGAUACCCCCUCCACUCCCUCAGGGUGUGUUCAAAGCUAGUUGUUGGCCAAAGGCAAGUAACUUGACUUCAGCUAUAAAAUGGAGACAGUACUUAAACUCUCCUAAUGUCACAGGGCUUUGCACAUCUUAAGGUUCUAGAUAAACAUGAGUUGUUGUUUUAUGCAUCUACUUCCAGGCUCUUCUCAGGUAACCACCAAGUUAAAACUGUAUUAAUUUUAUGCCAUGAAUGUGAAAAAUUCAGUUUUAGAGCUGGAAGGGACCUUUAAGUAAGUUGCUUGAGGUCACACAGGUCAGUAAGUGAGGCAGGAUUUAAAGGUCCUUUCUCUGAGUGGGAAUUCACCGCUUUUUAGUGGACCUUGCUGCUUGGCAUCAAUGCAGACCCCCAGGGGUCAAAGGAGGCAGUUAGAAAACACUCAGAUGCUCUCAGUGCAUUAGUGCUUCGGAGGAAGGGGAGAGACUCUUUGGCCAGAGUGGUUUGGGAGGGCUUCUGGAGGAGGUGCAGUGUGUGCUGGGUAUACCACCUUCAGAAUAUGGGGUUCUGUUCUGCACACCACAUUCUAGAAGGGACAUCCACAGACUGGAGCACCCUCAAGGAGCUUACAGUCUAACGGGGGAAUGCAGCACACAAAAAGCUGAAAGGGGCGAGGGGAGAAGGUGCUGGCAUGGGGGCAUGUAGGGGUGAAGGGGUGUGGGAGGGCAACAGAAGCAGUGAGCUGGUGGGGAGUGGGGAGAAGAUUGUGGCUGAAAAGAGCAGACAAAAAAACACACCGAAUUUUAAUGAGCUGGGUCAGCACUACCAAGGAUGGAAACUUGCCCAAAGUCAUGCAGAUAGUGAAUGACAGGGCCUGGGUGGUCUUAUCCUGCAUCUGAUGCUCUUCUUUAGUAGAAAUAGCCCCUCCAUCCUGCAAGACUUUUCUUCUCUAGGAGAAAAAUCACAAAUUCACCUAGCUCUCUCCUGUAGAUCUCAUUUAAAAAAAAUGUUUUGCCUGAUUUCCUUCAUCUCUACAUGCCUUAGUUCUCCUCAGCAAUAAAAAAGAGAGCAGUUCUUUGGGUCUUCAUUAAUAAUAUCCCAAAUUGCUAGUGAUCUUCUUUCAAGGAACUUAUAGCACAUCCACCCAGUGACUAUUCCUCCUCCCUUCAUCUCUAUCACCUCCCCCUUGCCCAAUCCAUACCUUUCCAAAAGACCAUGAGUGGCAGCUGAAUUGACCCAUUAUGGGGAAAUCAAAAUACUGAUAAGUCAGUGGUAGAGCUGAGACUGAUGCUUUCUAGUCUCUUGAGACUGGCCUCUGUAUGCCUCACGCUGCGCUAGCCUAGCACAUAGUAACAUUUAAAUUCUUGUUUACCACCUGA